AUGGCGGACAGACUAACAAUUACGGACUUACGUACACCAGCGUUUAUGAUUGACCUAAAGACAGUUCAGAGCAAUUGUAAAGCCAUGAUAGAUAGAUGUAAAGGUCUUGGAGUUGAGCUUCGUACAAAUAUGAAGACUCACAGAACGUUGUAAGUUCCAAAAUUCGGUUUAAAAAGAUUCAGAAAGAAAAAUUCAUUGUCUCGGACGGUAAUCAAAUAAGCUUUUCCACGUUUAUUGAGAAGUAACCUUGGGCCAUCUAUCGCAGAGUAUUUACACACUUUGCCAAUUUUUUCCCCGAAAGAAUUCUGUCUUCUCUAAGACUCUUACAGCAAUAUGCCUAUUUUCGACUCACAUUUUCUUGAAAAUGGUAAUGGUUCAGACUUCAGUCACGUCCUUAAGAGAGGGGAUAGAUUCAGUGUUUACUACUCCACCAAUAGUAGUCCCUUAAUUACCAAAAGAUGACCUGUGAAGUACAUUUUUAUCAGGGGGAAUUAUGAUUCAAGAUGGAAAUGUAUCAUAAAAAAAUUAAAAUUCAGGGUCAUUAGUAAAAACCUACCCAUAAUUAAGAUAAAAGAAGGUAACUUAAUUGAACCUAGACAAAAUGCCUGGCUGUAUGGCCAAUUUACAGGUUUUCUACAAAAUUAAAGCUAAUACCCAACAGUACAAUGGUAGCACUAAUUGGAUAUACAAUCACACACAUACAACAGCUUUCCAACCUGCCCCCAAGAAACAUGCCAUAAUGGUCCUCCACUAAAAUUAUCUAAGACAAGAACCAACAACCGAAAAAGCUAUCAGUGCACAGCCCUGUGAACAGCUAAUUUUACUGUCAAACCCAAGGUGGGUCCCUGUCUGAUUGGGUUGGGAGAGGGCAAUAUUUUUGUGAAAUGAUCCAUAAUUACAGUAUUUUUGUGAAAUGAUCCAUAAUUAUAGUAUUUUUGUGCAAUGAUCCUUAAUUAUAGUAUUUUUGUUACACUUAGGGAAGCGGGAGAGUACAUGACUGCAGGAACAAAAAGAUGCAUAUCAGUGUCAACUUUAGCAGAAGCAGAAUUUUAUUCCAAUGGAGGCUAUGAUGACAUCACUUAUGCUUAUCCGCUUUCUCCUGACAAGGUUUCACAGGCUGCCCAGCUUUUGUCACGUCUCGAGAAGUUCCAUGUGUUGGUUGACAAUUACGUGAUUCUUGAUUCACUUGUUGUUUAUCCUCUUCCUGAGGGAAAAAAGUGGUCAGUGUUCCUAAAAGUUAACUGUGGAUACAACAGAAGUAAGUUAACUUGCCCAGGUGCAAAGACAGUAUGUAUUAAUCAGUGUUAAAAUGAAAAUGCAAGCUCUUUUAAAUCACAAUUUUAAAAGAAGACUGUCAUUUAUUUAAAUAAUUACAAUGUAGCUGUGGCUUCUCUGAAAAGCAUAUUUGUGGAUAAAGAAAAAUAUGACAUGUUAUUGUAAGGGGCCUGAGUUCUUAUUUGUGUGAAAUAGAUAAAAACAGUUCAGGAUAGGGCAAGUCUUUUUAAGGAGUUGCCCAGCUGUUAUAUUGUAUAAAACACCAAACCUUGAAUAAGUACUUAACUUAAAGGUAAGAAAAGUUAAUAAGCACCCAGUCUCAAAUAAGUAGUGCUGUAAUGCCAUCACACAAUUGUGAUUUAGAUCACGAGAGAGACAUCUCUGAUCUCUGAGCUGAUUAACUUGAGGCAAGGGCACAAUAAUCCUUCUCUUCUUUGACGUUUCCUCAUAAGCAUUAAAAUCAGUCUUUCUAUUCUUCAUCUACUAUUAACCUGACUGUGUACAUCAAGGAAGUAAAUUGCAUUAUUAACUUCAGUUAUAGUUAAUGUUCUUUAAAUCAUAAUGUAGAAAUAAUUGUAAAUGUUUUUUUUUAGAUUUUGGUUUUCUCUUGGCUGAACCCUUUUUAACACCCAGGAUCAAAUUGUUAAUUCCCCCUUUUAGCUGCUGCACAUUUCCUCAUAAGCUAGUUAAAAUAAAUGUAACAACUUCUACGAGAUAAGUUUGAGUGUUCUUGUUACCUGUUUGCUGGAUUCAUUAUAGGGAGAUGUAACAUGUUCAUCAGUUGUGGGAGAGGCAGGGUUAAGGUAAUUUUUCUACAAGAUAUAUCUACUAUAGUUUAAUCUUCCUAUUCCUUUAAUGCUGUUUGUGUUCUCAAAUAUGCAUGUUUUCAGCUGGUGUGUGGUAUGAUGAUCCUCAAAGUGUUGACAUGGCCAAGGAGAUUUCCUCCAAGAGUUGUGUGACAUUCAAAGGGCUCUAUAUCCAUGAAGGGAAUUCUUACAAUUGUCAGGGUGAAGAUGAAAUAAAACAAAUUGCUAGUGAAACAUUCAAGAGACUUAAAAUAUUUUCACACAGGUGAGACUGCUGGUGUUCUGAGGCUUUAACUAGCUUAUAAGCUAUAUAUUGUGCUUGCACAUUCUCUAUUGUAAGGUAUAACUGAAUUGGAUCACAUUUCUUACCAUUGUGAAUGGUAGGGACAGAGUACUUGUAUCUGUGGGCAAUAUUCAAUUGCCUGCUUCAAAACCUCCUUCUGUAAAUAUGUUGCUGAUAGAUGGUGUUUGGCAAGAUAUUUUUUUUGGUUUAAAAGUUAACUUUCUUAUUUCAAUAAGAGUAUGGUGACCUGUAAGGGUAGUAAUUAAAAAUUCUUAGCAAACUUCUGGAGAUUGACAGUGUGCUUGAUGAUCUUUCUGUGAAGCAGCCCACAAAACUUUUGAAUUUUGAUUUUGAGUUGCAAUUUUGGUCCAUUACUAGUUUUUCACUGUAUGUAACACAGUCUAUUAUCAAGUCACUUGAAGUUAUUUCACCUGAAGUCAUGUCCCCCUGGGACCUGAGUCAUGUCACCCAAAUUUUUAGAAAUUUGGUCCGAUGGGUUUUAGGCUGUGAUUAAACAAGCAACACAUUGCCAGUCUAUUCACCCUUUUAUGGUGGCCAAACGGUAUGUUCUUUGGUCCAUGCCAAACUCACAGGUAUGAUACUGCCAAAGACUGCAAUGGUGGCACUGUAGGGCCUGUUGGCAUGGUCUAACUCAAUUGCCACAUUCAAUACAAGCUGGACUACUAUUGUUGAAAAAGUCACAAGUAUAAAUAACAGACUGAGUGUUUGGGGUUUGGAGCAAACCAAUUCACAUUGGGUAUGAAUAGACAGAGUAAGAAACAUCCAUGGGUAUGAAAUGAGUGAAUACCAAACAGACAGUGCAAUGCUGCAUAUUGUUGUUAUAGAAAGGAACAAUGCUUUUUGAGUUGUUACUCAGACAUAUUUCAAUUCUGACCACAUUAGCAAUUUCUGUUUAGUCUAAGUCUUCAUGAUGUGGUUAGAAACCAAAACUGCCUGUAUAAUAAAGUUUCUCAAGUUUAUGAAAACUCCGUUAACACAAAAUGAGUAUGUACCAUACUAACAAUGCUCUAUUUUGUUCUUAGAAUAAACAAUUUUAUAGCCUAUUCACAAUCUGUAAGUCUGAUCUUUUAAGUAAUUGUUUCUUCCAGAGACUUGACAUUUAAUUUCUGGCGACAUGACUGAAAUUUCGGGUGACAAUUGAGUCAUGUUCUGUAAAAAGGUGACUUCGGGUGAGAUGACCUUAGGACAACUUAACCAGUUACCCAUAAAACAAAUAAACAGCUGUUAAAGAGUUAUUUUAAUUUACUCUUUAUUUUACUUUCAUUGUAGACUUAAACAAGCUGGUAUCGAAUUUCCUACUGUUGCAAUAGGAGCAACUCCAUCCUGCUCUAAACCUCCAGAUGAUGUUGAAGGAAUUAAUGAGUUUCAUCCAGGAAAUUAUGUAUUCUAUGGUUGGUGAAUUCACUUUUUUGUUUAGUACAUUUUUUUAUGUCUUUAAAAGAAGUAUUAUACUUAACUGUCACUAUAAAAUUACAACUUAUUUUUUUCCCUUUUUGGUAAAAAUGCAGCUGGAUUCUGAAGAACAAUUAGUUAUUCACGCUUUUGUUCUUCAGACUAUCAGCAGUACCUAACUGGAUCAUGUGAUUUGAAUGAUAUUGCAGUGCGAGUCUUGACAAGAGUGAUUGGACACUACCCUGAUAGGGAACAAAUUUUGAUUGACUGUGGCUGGACUGGGUUGUCCCAUGAUAGCCUUGGGAAACUCAAAACAGGAUUUUGUUACUUUGAAGGACAUCCAAAUCUUAAGUAUGUGUGUUUUGUUUGAGCCAUAAAGCACUGUUUUCUGAACAUAGUCUCUGUGGUGACAAAGUUGGCUUGAAAAGGUACAACUGUUACAAAACAAUGACUGUCACAACACUCCUCCCCACAGCUGCAGGCUGUGUGAGGGGGGGGGGGGAAGGAGAAGGGGAAGGGGGGGAUGCAGGGCUAAAAAAAUUGGUGGUUGUAUGAUUACCAGUGGCGAAUUAGAACUGACAAGGGCCACCAAAAGUUAACAUUUGAACACCUGAUGUGCAACUAUGCCACAGAAUUUCGAAAAGUUGCAAUGUAAAGUAUGUGAAGUACAAAGUUACAAAUAAAGCUCAAUAUGUAACUCAAUUGGACUACCUUUCUCUUUGUUUCUUUGCGUGGACUCUAAGAUCAUCCAUUAUAGCAAAGUUUUAGUUCUGAAGUGGAAAUUCUGAGCCGUCUAAGCAGUGAUUUCAUGAGCUUAUUCUUUCCUUUUAUUUGAUGCUCCAUUAAAAGCUAAGGGGUGUUUAUUCAAGUUUUUCAUUUUAAACUAGAGGAAAUUGAGGGCUCCUUCAUUUUGGGAUGGGCCACUAAGAAUUCAAGGAAACUGGCCCGACUGGUCACCAAGCACUGAAGUUAAUUUUUAGCCUUGGUGAUGGUGGUGGUUGAAAAAUACAUUUUACACGGAUAAAAAUCCUUGUAGACUUUUCUUAGAGGCAUAGGUCUAUUGUAGAUCAACCUUCACAGGCUGUAUGUGGGUGUUUCCUGUGGGGUAAUGCAAAUAUGGCCACACCAGUUGCAAUCUCUAUCAAUGAGCUUGAAACAAGCUAUCUGGAAAAACAUAUUUCUUCAAAUGAAGAAAUAUGGAAGAAGCGAAAAAACAAUUUGUUUGCCAUUUCAAAUUUUCCAUUUUCAAGAGGAGGGAGAAAUUUAAACUUGUAGAAUUUGUAUAUAGCAUUCUCACUAUCAAAUAUGUUUCUUUAAUUGCAGACUUGUCAAAAUGACUCAAGAAAUUAGCACAGUGCAAGCAGUGGAAGGGCCUUUAGAUUUGUUGCUCUAUCCAAUUGGGUCAUUCUUAAGGAUAAUUCCCUUUCAUGUGAGUAUAAUCUGUGUUAGUCAUCUAUAUACACAACAAAAGAAUCACAAGCGAAUUAAUAUUAGACCUCAAAGUGAGCUAUAGUAUAUAUCAUCCUUAUGUUUUGUUGUAUUAAACACAUUUAUGUGUUAUUUCUGAAAGACAUGACGAAGUUGAAUUUAUUGAAAAAAUAUAUAUGGCAUUUAAAGAUCAAAUAAUAUUCAUGUACAAUUUAAGAUCUUAAAGAAAUGCUGUGGAAAGGUUGAGUGCCUUGUUUAUGAGAUGUCACUCACUAAAGAAUAGAGAUCAGCCUUAAACAUUAAGACAAACUUCACUUUAGGAAACUCUUCCUUUAGUUAUUCUAUGGUCUUGUUCUUGGCAUUUUAAAGUCAUGCUUCCCAUUUUCGUUUACUAUCUUUAUCUUUGGUAAUCGUUUCUCAUUUGCAUUUGAUGACAUGGUGACAUGUUGCUGAAACGUAAUGUUUUAAUAGGAUUGCUCUUUACCCCUAUACAACCUACUUGCAAGCUUUUUGAAACAGGAGGUUUGGGAGAGUAUUUUUGUUAUGUGUGGUUUACCCAAUACUUUCUUGGUAAGUUUAAGUGACAAAAUUGUACCAAGCACAGUAAUUAUUGUAAAAUGAAUGUAACAUUUAUUUGUGGAUUUUUCAGGCAUGUGCCACAGCCUACAUGCAUCCUGUAUACUAUGUUGUGAAGGAUGAUGAAGUUGUUGACAAGUGGAUUCCUAACAGAGGCUGGUGA